GUAGCCUAGUUUGUUCCGUCUUUAUUGUCGAAGGCAAACAAUGCCUGAGUAAUAAACAAUACGUUAUUUGAGCCCUUAUCCCUUGCCCCUGUUCUUGUUUUCAUAUUGAAAUUCAACUCCCAAAGUGUUAUUAGCUAAUUGUCGUCGGGGAACAGAAAAAACGAUUUAAGAAACCAAGACACCGAAAUGUCCAUAUUGAAUUUUUUUCUUUACGCUGGGUGGUGGGUGUCAACCAUGGGCAUUAGCAUCAGCUACUUGCGACUUCACGAUCAUGGUAAGCCUGUGCACUACCUGGAUGUGACAGGACCCUAUCCGAGACGUCAGGAGCUUUAUUUCAAAUACGAAUUGGAACCCAAGGAGUCCGUCACUCUCCUCCAAUUUGAGAAGAACAAUGAGCUCCUCUAUAUUUGUGAAUGGAACAACUCGGAAAUAUUCAGGGAGAAUCUCUUCCUGGGCUUCAACGAGAAACAGAUGCAACUCGACUCGUUUCAAAAGGAUUAUGCCAUCUUCAUGUUCCUGAUUCCCACCCCUAGAAUGGGAGGCAUCUACCGGUUGACUAUGAAGGCCAGAAAUCCCAUGGGAAUAGAGACAUCUAGUACGUGGGUGGCCGAUGUGGAGGCCUUCAGCAACUGCACAAGCAUGAAUUGUGACGAACCCUUCCUGAAUUUGGAGACGUGCAAUGUCGGGGUCCACUGCUAUUGUUUAUUCCCGGUUUACCCUUUGUCUCGGGUCACUAGGCACAAGGUCGAAUGGACCUCCAGGGAUGAUCCAGACUUCCUAGUUGAGGAUCAUUUGAGGCUGGCUGAAUUUGAGACCUUGAGAGAUGGCCGCACUGAACUGGAUUUUGAAGCCCAAUACCACAUCACGGAGAACUCUCCGCCAAGUGUGGAAAUGACCUUCCUAUUCAGGCAAAUGGAUAGCAAUCCGCUCUUCGAGCACCACGAGCUCUUCAACACAAGCAUAAGUGAAUGUCGGAAACCCAUUUCGAAUCAUGCCAGAAUUGUUCAAGGACCAAGCGGAUAUCAAUUUUUGGCGAUAGCGUUACUCAUCGUGUAUAAUUUCAAUCAUUUAGCGAUAUGAUGUCCCUUCAGUAAUGAAAAUUGAUCACAUCAUAGAAUGAAUAUCAAAAACUA